GUAAUAUUUUUUGCUUAAAAGGUAUAAUUAAAAUAAAUUAGUGAUUGUAAAUAUUUAUAUGCAAAAUAUGAGUGAUUAUAAUGCACUACGAGAACAAAAUAUUGCUAAAAGAAAUGCUAUUUUUGCAAAAUUUUUCAACGAUGUAAAUAAAAUAAAAGAGGAAGAGGAGACUUUCCAAAAAGUAAAUAAUAUUAAUGAAAAUGAACCACCAAAAAAAAGAAGGAGGGUUAGUCAUAACGAUAAGAAGGAUAAUACGUUUAGGAGUAGUUCACGUUUGGAAUUUCACAAAGAAUAUAAUACAAGGAGUAGAGCAAAAGUUGGUAAAAAUAUUAAUACAUUAAAUGAUUCCGAAAAUAGUGAUAAUACAUCAGAUGAUGAUUCCAAAAAUAAUGAAACUACGAAAUUAGUCAAAAAGAAAAAACCUAAUUUAAGAAAAGUAUUACCUUGGGCUAAACAUUUUCAAAAUGGUAUCGCCGAUAUAACAAAAACAGAAGUAAACGAAGAAGAAGAAAAAGAAAGUGAAGGUACUACAGCGAAAGAGUACAGUAGUAUUUAUGGUACCAGUUGCCAUCAAUGUAGACAAAAAACUAUGGAUACAAAAACAAUUUGUAGAUCAGGUGAAUGUUUUGGUAAGAGGGGUCAAUUUUGUGGGCCAUGUUUACAAGGAAGAUACGGAGAAGAUGUGGUAACAUCUUUGAAAGAUCCCGUAAAAAUGGGCUUGUCCUCCUUGUCGAGGUUUAUGUAA